AACGUAAUUUCCACGCGAUUCGAACACCGUCGUAACCGCUGCCAGCCAAAGUCGCGCACAGGUGACGCGAUCUUUCGUAUAAAAAUUUCUUCUUACCCUUUCCGCGAAAUUCCGCUACGUUUCCCCUCAAAUUCGUAUCUUCUGAACAUUCUCGCCCACCUCUUCUAUCUUUCCUCCAUGUUCCGCAAACACCAGUUUUACUCCGCAACGAUGUUCGCGCAACUCGAACACUGCCACAACCGCAGUCAGCCGAACUUUCACCAAUCGUCGAAGUACUCGUUAAACAGAGGAUCGUUGGAAAAAUCCGUUGCGUUUGAAUACGCAUAUCCUGCGUGCGAAACGCUAAAAAAAGAGGGUCGUCCCUUCUUGCGAGGAAAGGAAGAAUCGGCCGUCCCCCCGAUCGUUAACUGGAGCACGAGCGAAGGGUGAUUCCGCGAAGCUACAGCGUGGGGAUCGACCGGUAUUCAUUCAUACGCGAAACGCAGAUCGCCGAUCCACCGUGUGUUCGCCUUGAGACCCUCGAAUGACAGUCUCGUUGGAAUUCUCUGCUGAGGAAUUCAGAUCGCUUCUGGACACGGUCCAGGAAUGUUGCUCGUUCUCUCGCGUCUGACAUAACGGUGAAAUACUAGCGACAGUUCGUUUAUGCAGUUAUUCCUUCUUCUUUUUCCUAUUGCCUUCCAAUCGUUUCUUCUUUCCAACCCUUAAUACCGUUGUUUGUACUUGGUACCGUUGUAUUUUUGGUAAACGCGAGAGUAAACACGCAUGGAUGAUAAUCGUUGCCGCGAGUGAGGACAUAGCGUCGAAAGGGUAAACGACAGACGCGAGCCGAUUCCGUUCGAGUAACUGCGCAAUCGAUCGAUCCGCUGAUUCGAUUGGCAAACAGAGAACGAUCGGUUGUAUGAGGCGUCGGAGAUUCUUCCUCGUUACCUGGUGGAAAGGUUAGCUUCGCGAGACGACCGAAGACACCAUGGUUACUGUUAAGAACGGACCCACCCAGGAAAAUGAGAACGAUGCACCAGCUGAUGCUGCAUCCUCACCAUCUAGUGUUGAACUACCAGAAAGCGCACACCCAUGUCCAGCUUGUUCGACCGUUUUGCCCACCUCCAGGGAGUUAACGAACCACUUACGCGGCCAUAAUUCGCCUCGCAGCACAGACUGUAGCGGCGAGGAUGACUAUUGCUGCGGCGUGUGCAAUAAGGUGCUGAGCUCUGCAAGUUCCCUCGACAGACAUGUGUUGGUGCACUCCGGGGAACGGCCGUUCAAAUGCAAGUACUGUGAGAUGGCGUUCACCACGAACGGCAAUAUGAACAGGCAUUUGAGGACAGCGCACAGAGGCGCCUCGCCUAACAGCUGCACCGACUCCGAGGGUAGCAGCGACUCGGACAAAUCAUCCAGGCAGCGACAUCUCGAGGAAUACAACAACAACGAGAUUACAAAAAGAAACUCGCCAAAUAUAGGGGACAAACGGGACGAGGAACAGACCUCGUCGUUAACUGGAAAGAGAAAGUGCCCUAACUAUGUGAGCGACAGCGAAACACAAAAGAGGCACAAGAUUCUUCUAAAUAGCUCGAGAAGCGAGAUGAAAUCGAGACCGGACGACAACCAGAAUAUUUACAAUUGUCCAGUAUGCGGGCGACAAGAUUUUGCCACUAGCGCCCUCUUAGAAGCGCAUCUGGAACGAAGUCAUCCAGAAUUCCCGGCGAAAUGCGACACGUGCAACUUGUCGUUCAAAAACCACAGAGUACUGAAUCUGCAUCGGUUCAUGAUACAUUUCGCGGAACACUCGAUGGGAAAUACCGCGAGAAAUCUGAGAAACUCGAUAGUAGGUUUCAACGAUUUAACGUUCGUUGAUUUCUCAUCCGAUAAGUUCCCAGCAAUAGCAAGAGCUGUCUGCGAACAAUCGCUUCACCGGCCAGCUUCUGGCGAGGUAGCCAAAUUCCAAUGCUCCAAAUGUCUGCGAGCAUUCCCUUGUAGAUCCGCGUUGGACGCCCACGAAACUGACUGCGGCACGAUGAAUUUGCAAAGCAGGACAGCCGACGAUAGCCAAUCGAGAAGAGACGAUUUCUUCGCUGGCUUGGAUCUUCAAAACAAGGCUGCUUUGAGGGAAGCGAAGGAAGGCAAAGAUCUUGCCGAUAUCCAGAGUAUCAUAUCUGUCACAUCUGGACCUAUCUUACAGAGUUUUCGAUCAGACACCAGUACACCCGAGAACAACAUCAAAUUUAAUACCAGUGUAAAUUCUUCUGGUAGUUCAAGUACGUAUUGCGCAGAGUACCACGAGGAGGAAGCUCAAGACGCGUUUUCUGCGGAGUUUAGAAAAAUGAAAUUGAAAGGGGAGUUCCCUUGCAGGCUCUGUUCCUCGAUAUUUCCUAAUCUAAGAGCCCUAAAAGGUCACAACAGGGCGCACAUGGGCGUGGGACCUGGCAUGCCAUAUCCUUGUAAUAUGUGCCCUUAUACCAGCACUGAUAAAGCGACUCUGGUGAGGCAUCUGAGGUCUCACAAUGGCGACAGACCUUACGAAUGCUCUCUCUGCAAUUACGCUUUCACAACUAAAGCUAAUUGUGAGCGCCAUGUACGAAACCGACAUGGAAAAUUGACAAGAGAAGACAUUAAGAGCGUUCUCAUCUAUCAUCCAAAUGAAGAUUCUACGAACGAGAACGUGGAACGUGGAAACUCACCCAGAGUUUUGAAAGACGAAGUGAGGAAGAGCCUGGUAUAUCCGCCAGAACGCGAAGAUCUUCACCACCAGGCUCAAAUACAUUAUCCUCCGGUUUCUAUGGAGGUAAGAGGUGAGAUCAGAAUAAUAGAAGAGGCGAAGCUGCAAAAUUCCUCGAUGUCGAUAUACAGCACUAGCCACUUUGAAAAAAAUGAUGCGUUUUCAAGACAUGGUCAGCCUUUGGAGCUGACCCAAAGGAACUCCGAGGAGACAAAACCUGGUCAAGAUGCCAAAUCGGAUUAUUCGAAGUUGGACGACGAUUUGGAGUCGAGAUCAUCCGAGGGUAGCGUAUCUCUAGUCACAGAAACCAAAACAGAUUCGCACCAAAGAAUACAAGCUAGUCCUAUGAAUUUAAAGAAAGGUCUCAACAUAUCGGAAAACAUAGGCGAAGACGGUCCGUUGGACCUUUCCAUGGACGUACUGGAUCUCAGCAAGAAGUCGAAGGAGAAGGAGAACGAUAACUUCGCCGCGGCUCACGAACAAUUUGGAAAAAACCAAAAAGAUUUGUACAGUGCUACCAGUCAAUUAUUGUUGACCGAGGCUUUGUUGAAGGCUGGCCAGGGUAGCUCUCAACCUACAUCUCUGGAAGCUCUGUACGCUAACGCGAUCUACAGAAACUUCAGUACAUUCCCUGGUAGCGUAGGAGCUGGAAUAUUGCCACCGUACAUGUUCAAUCCUCAUGUCUUUGGCCAGGAUUUCUCUAUGAAGGAAAGAUUACAGAAGGAAUUGGUCAGAGGUCUACAGUUGACAAGUGGAGGUACUUUGGUGGAGCCACCCAUAGGUAGCGCGGGAUUUACCACCUUUUCUCAAAAUAGAGACAUGAAUUCCCAGUCUCAUUCAACAACCGACCAAAGUGAAUAUGCCAAAUUAAUAUCUUCUAAGAUGGCCAACAAGAGUCUGACAACCCGCGAUAAACCGGACAAUCUGCCCUCGUCCAAUUCUGUGAAGAUGGUGAUCAAAAAUGGAGUCCUGAUGCCUAAACAAAAGCAACGAAGGUACAGAACCGAGAGGCCUUUUACCUGUGAACAUUGCUCAGCGAGAUUUACCUUGAGGAGCAAUAUGGAAAGGCAUAUUAAACAACAACAUCCUCAGCACUGGAGCCAGCGACCUAGAGGAGGUCACUCGACAAGAGGAAGACCACCUUCCAGCCAUCCUACGCUGAUUCAAAAUCUUGGACAGGCAACUACUCAAGGCAGUCAAUCGUAUAACAACAUCCUGCCAAAAGUGGAACAGUCGACGAAUCCGGAAUUUACGAGGCAUUCUAUCUCCGACCAAGUGAAGUACGCUAUCCUGGCACAGCAAUUAAAGGCAAACAAAAUGGAAGACAAUGACUCUGAAGAAGAACUGGUCAUAGACGAAGGGCCACAGGAGAAAGAAAAUCAAGAAUCUCAGGAUCAAAGGGAGAAGAGUCUGUUGAGAGGACAAUUGGAAGCUACAGAAUCUACGAAAGAAACUGUAGUAAAAGAAGAACCUAUGGAAUGUUCAAACGAUGGCCCAAAUGAGACAAAUGUUGAGCUGGAGAAAAACGAACAAACUGUUACUGAACAACAGAAAAAAUCUAACACGGAGAAGACUAUUGUCACGGAAAAUUCGGUUGAAAAGAAUCCUGACAGAGUGCUGAAAACGGAAUCAGUUAAUAUGAACAACGUGAAGAUGGAGGAUGGAGCACCCGAUCUUGCUAGCGUGUCAGAACUGUUAGACAAUGCCUCCCAACAAUACCAGCAGUUUCAACCCCAGUAUUUAAGCGAUGAAGAAGGACUAGUAGCAUCGAACAGUGAUUGCAAUAAUUCUGGCAGUGAUGAGAAAUCCGACUCUGUAAAUUCAUCACAUUCGACGAACGCGUCGAAAAAAAAGAAGAAGAAGAAGAAAAAAAAGAAGAAAUCAGCAUAUUCAAUGGCCCCGAACAGAGUAAUCUGUCCAUACUGUGAACGACCAUUUCCAUGGACCUCGUCUCUCAGACGACAUAUUUUGACACACACUGGACAGAAACCUUAUCAAUGCGUUCACUGUUCAUUGCUAUUCACAACAAAAUCCAACUGCGACCGUCAUCUGCUCCGAAAACAUAAAGCAAAUCCGAACAAGAUGCGUAGAGUAAGAAACUCUUCUUCUCCAGAUACUCAAGCGGUCAUCAACAAUAGUAACUCGUUCUCCAUGAGGAACGUUCCUGAAAGACCCUACAAGUGCAAUCAGUGUCCCAGCUCAACAUUUUCGACGUUGGGUAACCUAAAGAAACAUCGUUCCACUAAACACGCUCGGAAAAUGAAGACCAGGUCGGACACUCCAUCCAGUGAACCUCAAACCAGCCCACAAGAGUGUCCAAAGCCGAAUAACGAACAAACUGAUUAUGAUAGUCAGUCUUCGAGCGUGUCUGAAGGGAUAGAAACUUCUUCGAUGCCAGGGCUUACUAAAUCGAAUUCUAACGCUUCACAAUUGGCGAACGAAACAGCUAGGUCAAGGAGACCUUCGCCGAGAUCAUCACCUGGGCCCAGUGAUGUGCCUUUUAAGUGCCACUUGUGCGAUUGUGGUUUCGCAGAACGACACGACUGCCUCGAACACAUCAAAAUGAACCACAAAAAAUCCUACGAAAUGUUAGUGGCGAAAGGGGCACUGGACAUGGACAUCGACGCGGUUGAAGACCAACAACAGCCACCGCCCCAACACCAUACCAGCGACGGAGAAGAAAAACGGGGACGUUUCCCAGACUAUAGUAACAGAAAGGUUGUAUGUGCAUUCUGUAUGAGGCGGUUCUGGUCUGCAGAGGAUCUCCGGCGCCAUAUGAGAACACACACCGGAGAACGACCUUUCUCCUGCGAUAUAUGCUGCAGAAGAUUCACCUUGAAACAUAGUAUGCUGCGGCACAGAAAGAAGCACGAGUCCAUUGAUUCUACCAUGUAUGUUGGUACAAGCGGAGAUGAAGAAAAUUCACCUGCACAGCCACCUACUAUCACACCGCGAAGUCAACAACAACAACAAAUUCUGGUGACAGCCAACAACGGAAAUUCCCGUAUUCAAGACAGAAUCUCUUUACCAACUGUUACUCCAGUCGCGACCGGUGACGCAGCCCCGAGUGGAUUAAUAAGAUUCAAUCCAUACGAGAAAUUAACCACUCUGACAGGAAAAUUGGCCAGUAUUCCAUCAAACGCAAAUCCAGAUGCAGAGAGCACGGAUAAUGAUUUGAUCUCGAACCUGCUGGGAAUAAGAGACAAGAGUUUCAUCGACAGAGUAUUACAGGCAUCCGCUGAUGACGCCGCCAAGCUAUUAGGAGUAAAGCGUAGCCAUGAGUGAAAUAGAUUCAGCUGUUGCUUUUUUUGGACAUUUCACGAUCGUGCCUUAGGUUCCUCCCCCAUUUACGUGUACGAAAGUCAAUCGAUAAGUUGAUCUUUGUAUAAUAGAGAUAGUAUAAGUAGGUACUUAUUGAAGAAACAAAAGUGUGCAUGAAUGUUAAUAAGUAUGAUAAAUUGAUAAAUAUUGUUAAAAAUUAAGUUUUGAUUUUCUUUUAGCCCUUUUUUAUUGUUAUUUACUUGAUAGUUAAUUUAAUUAACAAAAAUUUGUUGAAAAAAUGAAGAAAUACAACAAUAUAUCAGUGUUUUUUAUAUAGCAAUAAUUAUUGUAGUAAUUCAUUUUUGCGUGACUGUGAAAGAAUUGUAUAGCCAUUUCUUACUCGUCUAUAUGUUACAAUUCACUCGAUACAUUUAUGGUUUUAUAAGACUUGUAAACAAUUCGAGUGAAUUGAACAUCAUUUCAAAUAAAUGCACUCUCCAUUAUUGGUUAUUUUUAUUGAACAUCAGACUAAUUGUUUAAAAUAUCAUCUUACAAAAUAUUCACUGUGUUCCCGAAGAAGAAAUUUAGCAAUAUACAAGAACUUUUAUCUUCAUUUCAUACAUUUUUAUAAUUUGACGUGGAUAAAUUUCUUCUUUCUUUAAUAAACAUCAGUCGUUUGAUGAUAUUUUUAAACUAUAACAGACGUCAGCGAUGUCAAUAAAAAUAUACACUUGGAAUUGAAAUUAAAUUUAUGAUUAUAUUGUAGAUGAAUUUAACAAUAUAACAUGAAUUUAACAAUAUUGUAGAUGAUUUUUAACAACAUAAGCGAAUUAAGAGCCUAUGUCAAUAAAAUUUCAUCAAGUUGUCAUGUUUUGUUCGAGACAAGAGAAAUGUUUACAUUGACUACAAGAACUCAAAGCCACUUUCGCUUAUACGAGCAAUGCCAGCGAUCGCCGAAUUGUUUUUUCUUCGUCAAUUAAGUGCCUACUUUCCUAUCUUUUUUUCUAUCUUCUCUUUCCUCUAAUCUCUCGCGCCCACACGAAACACGGGCUAAAAUAUUUCCGCGUAUCUCUCUUUAUUAUGUACAUAUUAUAACCACAAAUACGUGUGAAUCACACGUUUCUAAUAAGCUUACACGUUUCUCUAAGAGCUAGCGUUGUACAUUAAAAAGGCACGAUUAAGCUUUGUCAAUACAAAGCGGUGUCGAAACAAAAGAUUUAUGCCCCUGGUCAGGAAUGGAACAAGAGAACGUCACGGAGCAUAUAUUUAGUCGAUGACUUUCUCUUGAUUAAUCGAGCGAGCCGUACUAAAACCCAAAGAUACAUUUUACACAACGAAUUAAGUUAGCCAUAUAUUACGUACUUCUAUUUAUUGUUUGUCACGUACCUAAAACCGAGAUUCACUAAAUGGAAAAUUUUCCGUGUCAGCGAUGUACUUGUUUCUUGCUGAAGAAAAAGGUGUCUCGAAACGCGAAUCGAAAACUGAGACAACCGAAAGAGAUUGAAAAGUCGCAUUCGAUUUAUUGAUCGUAGAGUCCGGACCGCGAAGCUCAGUCGGUAAGAUAGCAUACAUUCUUUUCGGUAAACGUCAUGCAAGUCGAAGAACGCGAUUCAAUAAUAUGCAAGUAGAGCAAUAUAGAAAGAAAGUUUAUCAUAUAUAAUUAUAUAAAUAAAUAAAUAAAUAUAUAUAUAUAUAUGUAAUAAUCGAUUUCUAUUCCGUCGGAUAAAUGAUUACUGUACAUAGAUAGUCUAACUAAAAAUUUCAUUCCUCGUUCAUUCGAGUCCUUUAGGAACCGAGAGGACAAUAUUUUAAAAAAGAUGCAAUUAUACCAAAUAGUCGGCUUCGAUUCUGAUGUUGGUUAUCGGCCUUCUCGGUGAACACCAGAAAUACAAGUCGAACCAAUCGAUAAAACAUUUGUAUCUUCUAAUCGUAAUAUUUCUUUUCUUCUUCCUCUUCUAUUUUCUUUCCACGGCGUUCUGCUUCUGAUAUAAUUUUCCAUUGUUGCCUUUUGUCAUUCACUAUAUGAUCUCUUUUAUGCGACACGAAUACAUUCCAUCAGAUACAACAGGUUUAUACUUCCUCCUUAUCUUCUUUCUCUUCCUUUCCUAUCAAUCUUCAUUUUUGUCUUUCUCUCUCUUUCCCUUUUUAAAGCUCACCGUAUUUAUCCUUCUUUAGCGAGAAUAGCUGCUUGCGAAUCGAUGUCUGCGCUCGUCGAAAGUCGACCAUUUGCAAACUUAUUCGGGGUGUUUUCCGUUUCCUUUCAAAUUCCGUCAAUAACACUUAGAUUCUUCUUCCACACAUAUGUUAUAUGUGUAUUGCGUGAACGUGUAUAGUUUGAAGAUCUUAUUCCACAAAUUAUAGAUUUCGAUGAAAAAAAUCUUAAGAUCCAUUAAUAAUUUCGUUCACGCAGUACAUGUAUAGAAAAGAAGACUUCUCUGCUUUGACUAUUGAUACGUAGCAACUCGUGACAUGUCGAUUUUCGAGGAAUGCCCUCUUCGACUAAAUAUAAAUGGGAUAAUCGCUAUGCUAAUGUUAAGGUUAAAGAUGUCAACGGUUAUGAUUUAAACAUAGAUAUGUCCAAUAGGAAUUAACAAAUUCCCAAGUACAUACAUACGGAUAUAUAAACUAUAAAUAUGUAAAUAUAGAGAUAUUGAAAAUAUUAGUAUCUAUGCUCGAAGCAUAUUAUCGAAUUAUCGAUAAAAGAAUCUGUGAAAGCUUGUAUAAUUAUUACCGUAAUGUAUAUUUAUUACAAAAUAUUGGAAUAUUUUUUUUAUUAAUAUUACGAAAAUCAAAACGUAACGUUAGCUUUUGUGCUUUGUAGUCACGGAAAACAGCCCCAGUAAUUUCGCUCUGAAUCGGUGUUUCUUUGUUAAUAUAAGAAAAAUCUUUUAAUACAUUCAAAGAUAUAAUAUAAAACAAUUCCUCAAGAAGAAUUAUUAUUAUUUGUUAAUUUUAAUUUUAUUUUAUAUAAUGUUAUUGACGAAACGAUUUGCAUCGUUAAUGUUUUCGAACAUGCGGUUUCAUAUAAUCUCAUGUAUGUAUAUGAAUUCAAUAUUAUUUGGAAAAUGUUUGAAACAAUAAAAAAGAAAAAUGCUAGUGCAAAAAAGGACUAGUCGAGAUAAAAAAAACGGGAGACGCUGUUUCAGAUCCCAAAAAUGUUUCCACGUCGAUGUAGCGCAGCGCAACGUGACGGUGAAGUCUACGUAAAAAAAAAUAUAAAAUAUGUAAACGAAAAAGAUCUAUUUAUUAAAGAGGCGAAAUGUAUUUAAAUCUUUGGAGUGAUGUUUUUUCUUAAUUGGUUUAAAAAGAAUUAUGCUAUAAAGUAAUUAUUGUAGCGCACGUGUAAGUACAUGAUUAUCUUGUAUCCUUGUUUAAACUUUGCUUAUGAAUAAGAAUAUACCAUAUCAAGAUGAAAAAUUAAA